GAUGUUGUCCAUCCUCCCAGCUGGGAUGAGGUCGGAACUUGCUGAUUUUAGGAUCCCUGCAGCGGCGCGUGUGACGUCAGAGCAGGUCUGGCUGAGCAGCGCGAGCGCGACAUCAGCGCUAAAGACUGCAAAGCAUUCAGCUCCGAGAGCAGGCGAACAGCUUUCCAGUGGAGCAUCAGCCUAACUAUACAAUGCCCUUAGAAGAAGGAAAAGGAUGGAAAAAGAAGACCACUGACAUCAAGGAAAAUUAUGACUUCAAAGAAGUUCUGGGAACGGGGGCGUUCUCUGAGGUGGUGCUGGCUGAGGAGAAGAGCACUCAGCGCCUCGUUGCUGUCAAGUGCAUCCCCAAGAAGGCACUGGAGGGCAAAGAGAACAGUAUCGAGAAUGAGAUAGUUGUGCUACACAGAAUAAAACAUAAGAACAUUGUCUCACUGGAGGACAUAUUUGAGAGUCAGACACACCUGUACCUGGUCAUGCAAUUGGUAUCUGGUGGAGAGCUGUUUGACAGAAUUGUUGAGAAGGGUUUCUACACAGAGAGAGAUGCCAGUAAACUCAUUCGUCAGAUCUUAGAUGCAGUGAAAUAUCUGCAUGAUGUGGGCAUUGUGCACAGAGAUCUAAAGCCAGAGAACCUUCUGUAUUAUAGCAUGGAUGAAGACUCCAACAUAAUGAUCAGUGACUUUGGGCUGUCAAAAAUCGAGGACUCUGGAACUGUGAUGUCAACUGCCUGUGGAACACCUGGAUAUGUGGCUCCUGAGGUUCUGGCUCAGAAACCCUACAGCAAAGCAGUGGACUGCUGGUCCAUAGGGGUUAUAUCUUACAUUUUGUUAUGUGGAUAUCCACCAUUUUAUGAUGAAAAUGAUGCCAAGCUGUUUGAGCAAAUCCUGAAGGCUGAGUAUGAGUUUGAUUCUCCAUACUGGGAUGAUAUAUCAGACUCAGCUAAAGAUUUUAUAUGCCACCUAAUGGAAAAAGAUCCAGAGCUUAGAUAUACAUGUGAACAAGCCUUACAGCACCCAUGGAUCUCAGGAGACACUGCUCUUGACAAGAACAUCCAUGAGUCUGUCAGUGCCCAGAUUAAAAAGAACUUUGCCAAGAGUAAAUGGAAGCAAGCCUUCAAUGCAACAGCCGUGGUGAGGCACAUGAGGAGGUUACAGCUGGGCACCAGCCUGGAGGGCUCCAGUCAAAUCACCACCACGAGCCCCUGCCACAGACAUCUGCUUCUGCCUGCUAAAGAGCACAACCCAGAAGAAGAUGUGAAAUAUGAAGAGGACGAGAAUGCUCAAACACACAACAGGCAAACUGAGCGUGUACACACAUCUAAUCAUGAAUAAACAAGACUGCAGUGUUUACAUGGUUCUCCAGAUAUUGAUGGUCGACGCAACAGUGCGGAUCAGGACAGUGUCAGAAGCUGUGCAUACUGCUGUAGACCAACCAGCAGGGUCUGAGACAUACCUGCUAGCGUACCUAAAGAACCUAGAAAAGGCCCUCAGAUCUCAUUACACACAUAUGCCUAUCACCACCAGUCUGGUACUGAACACAGAGCUUAAUUAAACGUGUCCACCAGAGGGAGCUAGUGCAAUGAGGAAGACAGCAAGAGAGACUUGGGGAGGAAUGAGCAUACCACCCCAAGCGUUCCUUUAACUGUGGUUCCUUCAUAACCUUCAUCUCACUUAGGUUUUGUCUGUUUUAUAUUUUUAUCCCAACCAAAGAAUCAUAAUUGUGUUCUACUGAGCCUGGAAAUAUUAUUUUCCAAGUAUAUACUCUGAAAGCAGCUUAAAAUGCUUGGGUAUCAAAUAUUUAUGAAUUUAAAUGUUGCAGUCUGUUUUGGUUCUGAAAACAGAGAUUAUGAAAUUCUGAUGCCACAUAAUAUUAGGCUUCACUUUAAAAUCCCCUGCCUUAAUCCAAGGUGUAUUUACUUGUUGAAUGGUUUUUGCACUGUUCAAAUCUCUGACCCUGCAUUCUGUGUCAGACUGGUUUAACACCACAGCUGUGGUGAUCCACAGCUUUAAACUAGAGCUCCCACAUGCGUUUCUGGGACUAGGCUUUCCUUAGGCUGCUUUCACACUAGGCAUUUUUCCCAAAUCACCAUAAGCUAGGCCAAAUGGCACCUUAUUGAAAAAAACAACUUCUGUCCAUGUUUUUUUUCUGUCAAAGCAAAGUGCUUCCGAAAAAACAAGAAAAAAUUUCAGAAAAGCACAGAGUGACAUCAGGCACAUUUCAGUCUCCUGAACUAUCAACAUGCAGCUGAUGGGGGAUUGUAAGCAAAAAAAUAAAACAUGGAGAAAAAUAAUGAUUGAAUAUUCACUCAUCUUCAGCAACCACUUUAUCCUGAUCACGGCCAUGGUGGAUCCCAAACCUUUUGUGACACAAGAUGAGGACAUUCCCUGAACACUUGCAGACAAUUUAGUGAAACCAGUUUACUUAUACCUUUUUUGGUUAGAGAUUGGAGGAAACCAGAGAACCCAAAGGAAUCCCAGAUAAAUAUGGCGAUAACAACUGUGAAAAAUUUCACACCUUAUCCUGAGCUCAAGAUCACACCUGGGAGCUCUGGAACUAUGAGGCAACUGUACCCACUUUGACACCCAAGACUGAAAAUGAAAUGCUUAAAGAUACACUAAAUGUGGACACCUAAACAUCACACUCAUAUGUGGGCCUUCCUUAAACUGUUACUACAAAGUUUGAAAGCGAGAAUUGCAUUUGUACUUCUGUUUGAAUUAAGAGGCUCAAAUCCUGUUUCAGCAUGGCACAAAGCAAGGACCAUGAAGAUGUGGUUGCCAAGGCUGGAGUAGAAGAACUGCACAGAGCCCCGACCUCAACCCACCUGAACAUCAUUGGUAUGAUCUGGCAUUCUGACUGGUAUUCUCACCUGACAUGAGUGCCUGACCUCACUAAUUCUCUUGUGGCUGAAUGAGCAAUUCCCCACACUCAUGUUCCAAAGUCCAGUGGAAGGCCUUCGUAGAAGACUGGAGAUUAAUAUAACAGCCAAAUGCAGGAACAGAAUGUUUAACAAGCACAUAUGGCUAUGCUGUGUAUGUUUAAUCAUAGAUUUCAGUGUCAAUAUUUACAAAUUGCAGUGCAACCUUGAGAUAGCAAAUAUGUUGAUUUAGCAUAAUUUAUUGAUUUUUGACAUGACAGACUGGUCCUUGCAUAUAGUUAUUUGAAUGCUAUUUAGUUACACUACUAAGUACUGUCUCUCAAGCCAAAGCUAAGGCAAGCUGCCUCCUCUUGAUGAUAGCUAGAACAUGUUUCAAUCUUUAUUAUCAUUAUUAAUAAUACUAUUGGUGAGUUGAGCUGUACUUGCCAUGGUAUUGGGACUUGGUGGUAGUGUUGUUAUAGUUACAGUGUGCAUGUCAUGUGUGUCAGUUUUUCUUUUCAUAUCAGCAAAGAAGGUGCUUCAACCAGUGCUCUCUAUAGGAAAAAAAGGUCUAGUGUGAAAGCAGCCUUAUUCCAAAGUCAAAGAAGUGGAACUGAAUGGGUGUCCUUUUGUCAAAGCUCAAACUGAGAUCCCUGUAGUACAUCCUCACACAACACCAGCAUGUGUGAACUAAGAGAUUACAAUUUAUAUAGUACAUUAUUAUUGUUCUCUGACAUGGUGUUUCUGUGAGAAUUAAAGAUGGAUAGCACCUUGUGUCAGUGAUGAAACUUACUAAAUAUUCUGAAGUGCUUUGCAGAUCUGUUGUGAGCAUUAGUGGUGUAUUGAGGGAUUUGACUGGCCUUGAUGUUGAGCAGGGAUCUCAGGUUUGAGUCACUGACCAUAAUCUGUACUGUGCUCCUUAAAUGAUGUUUAACGUUUGCAUGACCUCGUAAAUGUUUACAUAAGCGAUGACAAACAAUAGAUAUUAUUAUUAUUAUUAUUAUUAUUAUUAUUAUUAUUAUUAUUAUUAUUAUUAUUAUUAUUAUUAUGCUAAUGUAACAAGACAUUUAUUGUAUGAUGUUGAAAACACAAAGUAUUUUGGCAUUGAUGGAGGGCCACAUUUGAUUUCAUGUCUUUUUUCCCUUAGUACUUGGACUAUUCUUUGUAUAAUGUUGACAGACGUUUUCAGUGCUGAUAUGAAAGUCUCAAAUGUUUCCUUUGGCCACAUCUACUGAUACUAAAAGAGUUUAUAUAAUGUGAUGAGCUUAGCACUGAUUUGUCUUGUAAUUUUGUUUCUUUUGUCACAAGAAGUCAGUCAUUGGAUAAUACAAUAAGCUUACAAUUAUUAAGUAUUAACAGUGCUCCCACAGUUUGUAGUCUAGUCUAUAAGGGAAAACAAAUGUCUAUAAAUAACAUAAUCAUUGAACCAUUAAUACUCUAAAUAAAUAAAUAAAUAAAUAAAUAAAUAAAUAAAUAAAAACUUUGCAUUAGUCAGCACAGAAUUCUACCAUUUCAUGUGUGGAGAAACCCAGAGCAGUAUUAUGUAUAAGAAAUAGGAAAAUUCCACACACUUUUAUUGAUCUAAUGUCAUGAAGUUAUGUAGUGAACUUCAGAUCAAUUAUACUCUAACAAGUCUAAUUAUUACUGAUUUGAUUUAUACCCCUUUUUUAGAUUUGAUUACAUUCUGUUGCACUGUAUCAAAAUUUCUAAAUAAAUAAAUGUCCAUUAUUACAAUUUAAGCAUUGGAAGAUUGCAAAAUAUCUUUUUUGUGUAAAAGCUGAUUUGAGCUUACAAUAUGUGGAUGCAAUGCAUCAUGAGAUAUUGAUGGAUUAACAAACAGUAAAAGAUUUGUAUCCUUGAGGAUCUUGUAGCAGGUUCUGAAAUAAACCCUCUUGUCUAUGCAUUGUGUACUCUGUAAACUUUAUAUGUACA